ACAGACUAACCCAGCUACCAUUCUGAAACCUGACAACAUUUUAAAGAAGUGUAUACCCUGAAGUUUGGCCUGUUCUGUACAAGAGAAAUUCUUCCUUGAAUAUAUCUCUUGGAUUUAAUCUACAUCGAUUCUGCAUAUCCUGCAUCUGGCAGCAUCAUGGAAAAUGAACAAAGAUCCAAUCAAAUGAACAAUAUCCUCCGAAUAAUAGCUGAUUUGCAAGUCUCCUGUAGCUAUGAUCAUCUCAUAACUUUACCCCAUGUGCAAAAGUACUUAAAGUCUGUCCGCUACAUUGAGGAACUUCAAAAGUUUGUGGAAGAUGACAACUAUAAAUUAUCCUUAAGAAUUGAGCCAGGAAGCAGCUCUCCUCGACUAGUCUCCUCCAAGGAAGAUCUUGCAGCCUUGUCACCACAUCAGUUCCUGCCAGGGACCACCAUGCCCGGUGGUAUUACUCUGUGCUUCUUUGUCAGACUUCUUUCCAUGGAGCAGUCCUCUAAGAG